GAUGCGCGCCCGAUUCAGAUUGCCGGCAGAAAUGCUUUCCCGGAGACACAACUUUCGAAUAACCAAAGAAAAGUUGAUCAGUUAAAAAAAGCGAGGAUGAGUUAAUUCUUUUUUGUUCUUUCUUUUCGUACGUAACGAAUUUUGUGUUUAGUUUUUGAUGGCCGUUACGAAGGUCGCGGCCUUCAAUCGAUGAACAAUAAUUUACCACGUGUGACCACUGUCCACGUAUGGACUGUUUUUGAUACGUUUUUAUCAUAAGUGCCAACAUAGCAUUAAGCUUUACAAGGACUUUGAAUUUGUUUGGAGGAAAUUUUGUAUAAAAUAUCCACCUUCAUGGAAUAUGGGCAUCUGUUUAGACACUGAACAAAACAAUGAAGAAUUUGAGACGGGAGACGAGCACAGUCGCCAAGAGAGCGCAUGGCCAGCCACUCCGACCGGCGCCGCGUUCCCCAUGCAGAACUCAAGCCACGUCAAGUUCGAGCCACCCUCCGUUCCUGUCAUCUUCGUCUUGGGCGGGCCGGGCAGCGGCAAGGUGACGCACUGCGACACGCUGGCGCAGGAGCGGCGCGGCGUGGCGCACGUCAACAUGACCGACCUGCUGCAGCAGUACGCCAUCGGGAACGAUAUGCAGGACUUCGGCACGCUGUCCAGCAAGACGGUGACAGAGGUUCUAAUGCUGGAGAUGAAGAUGGCGCCCACGGCCAAGACGUACCUGGUCUCCGGCUACCCUCGCUCCAUGAGAGACGUUGCCGAAUACUCUGACAAAAUCCAGACAAUAAGCGGCGUAGUACUGGUGAGCUGGCGUCAAAGAGUCCUGGAAAGGCAGAUCGAGUACGGAGCACGGCUGGGGCACGUCGUGCUCAGCCUGGCACGGAUGGAGCUCAACAACUUCUACAAGAACGUGAUCCCUGUCGCCGACUACUUUGACCAGAGCAACAUGCUCAUUGCGGUGAAUGGCGAACGUAAUCCCGAAGAAGUGUAUAAAGAUUUCCGGGCAGCGGUCCUGCAGAUAUUGGGAGCAGUGGAAGACCAGAACAUGAAUGGAGUUGGCAUUGGGCCUCAUGUAAUACCAGGGGAAAUAGUCGGCGUAGAACCGGUGCCAACGAGAAACAAUAACGGACAUAUGAUGACACAAGACGUGGACAUCGACGACGAGUCUCUGCCAUCCACCGUAGCACCAACCGUGCCAACUGUGCCAGUGCGAGUUGAACCUGUACCUAAAAUGACUGCUUUGCCAAAAGUUCCUCAGUUCCCGAAUGCUAUGCCAGUGAAUAGCAAUGUUGAAAGAGUCGUUAGUCCUAAGCCUGAGGUCAUAAGAGUUCGGGGAACAACUACCAUACCUCCAACGUUGUGGGUGGUAGGCGGCCCAGGAAGCAACAAAGCGGCUUUGUGCGAGAGAUCCGUGCUGCAAAGGGAUGGCUGGACCCAUUUCAGCUUGGGCCAACGCCUUCGAGCAUUAGCAGAUGCAGGUGGAGGACCGGCUUCAGACGGCGCUAUCGCUCGAACAGCUGUCAGUGGGGGAGAGCUGGUGCCCAAAGACUUGGUCACCAAGAUGAUCAUAGCCGCGGUUAACGAUGCAGCUCGAAGUGGGCAUGGGAUUGUGCUGGAUGGCUAUCCAAGAGAUUUGGAGCAGAUGGAGGAAUUUGAGAAUGAGUUUAAAAUCACGCCCCGGAUGGUCUUAUUAGACUGUUCAAAGUUGCAGCUUGGAAGAGGUCGUAGAGAUGACUCAGUGGCGGCCUUCAGAAGACGCCUUGAAGUGUUUCGGGAACUGAGUCUGCCUAUGCUCAAGAGUUUGGACCAGCAACAUAGGCUGGUGAUUGUGGACGGAGACACGGACUCCUCAGACGUCCAGAUGGAGUUCACGCGGGUGCUUCUAGAAGAAAUGGAGAAAGCAGAGGCCAUCGCUGCAAUACCACGUCCAGAGUCAGCUCAUACUUACACACAGACACAAGUAACCAACAAUAAAGACGGAACAGCAGUACAGCAAUUUGCGCACACCGUGUCCCGAAUCGGCGCCGGGAUAGCCAACGGCGUGCCGCGGAACGGGGGCCUGCCCAACGGGUCACUGCCCAACGGGACGCUGCCUAACGGAACACUGUCCAACGGCAAUAUUGGCAAUGGGUUUAUUGGCAUGGCUAACAAUAAGGUAAAGCCAAUGCUAAAUAGCGUUGCUAAAGUGCCAACGGUGUCGCAAAUGACACACGACCAAGUGCGAAGACUGUACGAGCAGAGUUCCGGUGAAAUUCCCAUGAACACUCACAUUUAGCUGUGCAAUACAGUGGUGGUGGUGAUUAAGUUGUAGUGUAAGGCCAGAGACAAAUCUAGCGACCUAGAAAUUGGAUUAGAAUGAAGGGGCGACUGGUUAACCAACCGCGUACCCCUGCGCUGUAGAAAUCCUCUCGCAAUCUCUUCAGUCCACCAGAGAUCUAAAAAUCGACGAUAGACUGUUCAAAGUUUUGGUCAUUCACUGUAUAGUACGCGACAAGUCGACAUGGCAAUCGGGGUAUGAGGUGGGGGGACGCCCUGCACAUCCACGCGUCACUCUCGCUGUCCCAGGUUAGCGCGGGGACUGAGCGAGUUUAUGUGGCGUCCCCACCCCGAUUGUCAUGUCGACCUGUCGCGA